AUGAAGACGAAGAAAGGCGGCGGUGCAGAAGACGAGCGGCGGACAGAGGCGACAACCAAGACGGCGAAGAAGAAGGGCGACGGUGAUGAAGCAGCAGCGGCAGUGGUGCUGAGGAUGGAGCUGCACUGCGACGGGUGCGCGCUCAAGGUGAGGAAAGCCAUCAAGGGCGCGCAGGGCGCGGAGAGCGUGAGGACGGACGUGGCGGCGGGCACAGUGACGGUGGCCGGCAAGGCCGACCCCUGGGACCUUAGGGACCGCAUCCAGGCCAGGAUGGCGCGGCACAAGCCCGCCAUCGAUAUCGCUUUCGUCUCCCCGGCCAAUCCCCCUCGACCUCCGCCCAAGCCCAAGCAGCAGGGGCGGCGGAGUAUCAACAAGAACAAGGACGACGGCGCCGCCGCAAAGGACAGCAAGGGCAAAGGCCGCCAUGACAAGGACGGCUGCACUGACCGGAUCAAACGCAAAGCCAACAAGAUCCAAGGGGUGAAGCAGGUGACCGUCGACACGGGCAGGGAGCAGGUGACCGUGAAGGGCACCAUGGACGCCAAGGCCCUCCCCGACGUCCUCAGCGCCAAGCUCAAGCGGCGGGUCACCACCGUGGUGGUCCCGCCCAUGACCAACAAGAAGAAGGUCAAGGCCGCCGCUGCUAGUGAUGGUGGCGGCGAUCACCAUGAUGGCAACACGGAGCAGGGUGAGGCCAGCAGUACUGCUGGUGGCGCCAAGAAGAAGAACCAGAACUGGAAGAAACAGCAGCGAGGAGAGGCCGCAGCUGUACCCGGCGAUGACCACGACGACGAGAUGGCUUCUUGGAUGUCGGAGGAGCAGCAGUACCCGAUGACGAUAUUCCCGGCGUCGUACGGAAGAGGAGGAUCAGUAGGGUCGUCGUACCGCGUCGAGUUGCUGCAGGGGCCGCAGCCGUUCAGCGAUGAGAACCCCAAUGCAUGCUCCCUCAUGUGA